AUGAUCUCGAAGGCCGGCAUUGCAUUUACUGAUCCACGCCUGAGCAGCUUCAUGACUGCUCUGCGCGAUCUUUCUGAUUCGCGACAGGAAAGGGAACACACGGACACGCUUCAUGGUCUGAAAAUGGACAAGGAGGAGUUUUUUCAGUGA